AUGAGCGCGAGUAACGGCGUGUUCGUGAGGAGGCAUGUAUGGGAUGAAUCGGCGGGCGCGGAGAAAGAGGCGCAGGAGGAGGAUCAAGAGGGUAGAAGCAGCGGAGGAGGGGAUAUGGCGAAUGACUUGAGCGGGGGAGAUUUGGACAGUGAUUUCGACGUGGAAAGCGAGGAGGCGGAGGAGGUGGAGGAGGAAGGUGGGAAUGAUGGAGGCGAGUUUGAUAUCAACGGUCACGAUACGAUCGGUCAAUGUACUAGCGGUCAUGCUGCGAUCCGUCAUGGUACGGACGAUCAUGGUUCCGGUGACAUCAGUGGCCAUCCAAACGGCGUGAUUGGUGGAUCCAACAGGAAGCGGGGACGGAGUCCGAGUGAGCUUGAUGUCGCGGAGGGAGGGGAUUUCAUGUCGGCGAGAGUUCCUGGUUUUGCGAGGAAUGAGAAGGAUAGCGGAGCGGGUGAUAACGAGAGAGCAGAGGAGGAGGAGGAGGAGGAGGAGGAGGAUGAGGAGGAGGAGGAGGAGGUGGAAGACGACGGAUUCAGCGAGGAUUUAGAGGACGAUAACGGAAACGGUUUAGCGGAUAGAAACUACGCCGAGGGUCGGGGUGCGUCUGAUACGUGUAGCGGAGGCGGAGCUGACGUGGCCGCUGAAGGCGGAGCUGACGUGGAGCGAGCUGGAGAAGCCGCAGCGCACCCAACGAAGGCUGACGUGGCAGCAGCGGAGAGCACGACGGAGGGGUUACUCCCCGACGAGGUCAUCCUCGAGAUCAUCGCGCGGGUCUCAUACGCGCGCGCGCGCAACUGCUGCGCGCUCGUCUCGCGCCGAUGGCGCAUGAGCGAGCGCCUCACGCGCACCUCCCUCUCCGUCCGCCGCUCCCUCGCGGACCUCCUGGAGCUUCCGCGAUGCUUCCCCAACGUGCGCCGACUCGAUCUGUCCCUCUGCCCCCCCUGCGGGCAACCGCUGCUCCUCGCGGGGACCGCGCUUGAGGUAGCUACGACGCUCCGCGCGGCCUUUCCGCGGGUGACCUCUCUCCGCGUACACGUGCGCGACCGGAACGACGUGCAGUGCGUGGCGGCCACGUGGCCUGGGCUGGAGCACGUGGCUCUGAUCCGCUGGCACGAGUUUUCUGCAGCGGAAGCAGCAGCAGCAGCAGCAGAGCAAGGGGCAAACAACAACAACACCGGAAACCCUAAUCUGAAUGCCAACCCGCUGGGAACCCUAGAGCUGACUCCACUACUAGUGAUGUGCAGCCGAGUGCAGAGCAUAGACCUAUCCGAGUUCACUGGAGCAGCAGCAGCAGCGGAACCCCCGUACAAGCCCCCCCGCGCGCCUCUCCCCCGCCCCUCCGCGCCCAUCUCCGCCCUCCGCCACCUGAACCUCCUCAAGUCCUCCCCCGGCGCCUUUAAAGCCUCAGACGUCCGCUCAAUCCUCACUGCCGCCGGCCGCACCCUCCUCUCCUUCCGCUGCCUCGUCGAAUUCGACCCGCGCCUCUCUGAUUCCCUCUCAGACGAAACCCUAAUUGAGAUCGCCGAGAGGUGUCCGGUGCUGACGGCGCUACAGCUGGUGGAUUCGUCCCUCUGGGCGGCGCCCUCGGGAUUGUCGCUCGCGCUCGGGGACCAUGACGACGCGCUGCCGCCCGAUAUGGAUGCGCGGGUCACGCCGGGCGGCAUUCGGUCGUUUCUAGCGCGGUUGCCGGGGCUGGAGGAGCUGGAUUUGCGGCCGGCACAGUAUCUGAGAGGGGCAGAUGUGAGUCUGUUCGGUGGUGCUGCUGGUGCCUUUGCUGGUGGUACCACUGCCGGUGGUGGAGGAGGUGGAGGGAGGGGUGGGGUGACAGCAACGGUGAGUCUGGGCCAGCUGAGUCCGAACCUGAAGCGCCUGCGGCUGGGUCAGCUGGUUUUCGCCCACAAUGACUCGCUGGCGCCAGUGCCUGCAUCAGGGGAAGGUACAUCCGGGGAAGGUUCAUCUGCACAGGGAUCAUUUGGGAAAACACCCUCCUCCUCGUCUGCAUCAUCCUCAUCAGCAGCACAAGGAACCACCACCCCUCCCUCCACAUCCACCAUCCUCCCUGGGGGCCUUGAAGCUCUCGACUUCUGGCAAGCCCCUUCACUUCCCCUGCGCUGCCUGCUCCCCCUCGCCCUCUCCUGCCCGCGCCUCAAGGAGCUCAGCAUCUGGGGCUGCCCGGACCUCACCCCGCCGAGCCUGGAGGCCGUGGCUCGGGUGUGCCGGCACUCGCUGGUUCGGGUGACUGUAGUGAAGUGCUGCAACCUGCCCACAGCAGCAGUGCUCAGGGCUCUCUCCCCCGUUAGAAGCACACUGCAGCACCUGCACUGCUCCUGUGACUGGUUCUGCCCAAACAGCAGCGUAGCCCCUGUUUCCCCGGUUCAAAGCGGUGCAGAUGGAAAUGGUGACGGUGCUGAUGGUACUGGUGCCGGUGCUACUGGUGGUGCUGCUGGUGAAGGGGCAGGAGAGGGAAUGGUGAAGCAGGCGGGGGGGGGGCGGCGUAUGGAAGGCAGGGCAGGAGCAGACGGCACAGAAGAGCUGCUGUACGGCUCAGAAGCAGCACAAGACCUUUCCACCGCACCGGACUCCUCCGAAUGGCCUGCGCUGCAGUCCCUCACUCUCCUCGCUCCCUUGGGUACCCUCCUUUUUCAACUCCCCUCUGCCGGCCUCCUCCACUGCCCCCUCCUCUCCCACGUCCACAUCCGAGUGUACGGCGACUGUCGACUCGCAGCCGGCGGCCCUGGGGCGGCGGGCUUCGGCCUUUCCUGUCUGGCCGGCUACCCGGCGCUGCGGUUUUUGCGGCUCGAUUUGACGCAAGUGGUGGGGCAUUCCCUGAGCUGCCCACCUGGGCUAGCCUUUGAUGUGAUGGCCUGGGAAAGGUUCUACCUGCAUGGAAUCCAGCUGCUGCCGGGGCUAGAAUCGCUGCACUACUGGCCGCCGUCGGACUGCGAUCUCAACCGUCGAUCCAUGUCGAUGCCGUCUGCUGGGAUCCUCGGGUCGUGCCAGUCGCUGCGCCAGCUGGCGGUGCAUUGCACGACGGCCAAUGAGCAUCUGCUGAAUGUGGUGGUGCGCGGGGCUAGGGGCAUGCGGGAUUUGCACGUGCUGGGGGACUGCUAUCCCGCUCCUCCCGAUGACACCUAUGCGGGUAUGCUCAGGCCGAUUUCGUUCCAGAGGCUGAUCAAAGUGCUGGAUGACAGAGGGUACCCUGAUUGA